CACCAGUCCAAGCGGGAGCUGGCUACGUGAGAACACCCCAUGGUGGGCUAGGAGGAAGAACACCCCAUGGCGGGCAAGGAGGAGGAAGACCCCAUGGUGGGCAAGGAGGAUCAUGUCUCCAUCUUCAUUGACGGUGUCAUGCCUGGUACGGGGAGUGACCAGGGCGCAUGGCUGUUGGACCGGUGGUUUUGCUGCCCAAUAUGUCUAGAACCAGCUUACAAACCCGUGGUUCUAGUCUGCGGGCACAUGAUAUGCCUCAACUGUUGUUCAGAAUCCAUGUCUAUUGUUGAGAGCUCAAGGUGUUGCAUUUGCAAAGCUAAUCAUGAUCAUCUCCCACGACAAUGUGGUGUUAUUGGUCAGUUGAUUUCAAAGCUAAGUCAUGCAGAAAAAAUUGUGAAGGUCAAUUUGGAAGAUGUUCUAUGUAUCUUCUGUAAGGAGAUGCUAUUGGAACCUUGUGUGUUAAACUGUGCGCACGCUUACUGCUUGACAUGUCUAUUGUCUGUUGAUGAGAAAGAAAUUAAAUGUCAAGCUUGUGGAGCUCCACAUCCUGCUAAGCCUAUAGUGUGCUGGAACCUUGAUAACUUUUUAAAGCAUCACUUCUGUGAAGAAUAUAGUUCAAGGCAGCAAAGAGUUUCAUACUCAGGAACUUCAGAGAAGAAAACAGGCCCAAGCAAAGUGCAAUCUUCAAGUCUGAAGCAUACCCAUGUGGGGGUGGGCUGUGAUGAUUGCGGGGUCUUCCCAAUCCAAGGGAGAAGAUAUAGCUGCACAGAGUGUGUGGCUCCUGGUUUUGAUCUGUGUGGUGAAUGCUUUCAGAAGGGAACUAGUACUGUGGGACGGUUUGAUCAGAAUCAUACAGCUGAGCACACAAUGCAGCUGGAUGAUUCAUUCCGUUUCCCCAAGUUACUGAGUUACCUGGAUGAAAAGAGGAUAGGCGAACAACAAGAUGGCAGUGAGGAGGAGUUCGUGUUGGUGGAUGAAGAUGAGGUCGGGGUGGUGUGGGAUGACGAGUAGGUGGAUGAAGAUGAGGUGGGGUGGUGUGGGAUGACGAGUGACUUUGGUGUUCAAUCUAACUCUCUCUGCAAGUGACAAAUGAUGUUUAAACUUUAUGCUACAUGAUAUACAUUUGACAAGAAAACUUGAGUAGGCUGAUUCCGUAUGUGAUCUUUUUUUUUUGAAUGGAUGGACUAGUUAUUUCUUUUUUAAAAAAAUUAUUUGAU